UUUGCCAUAAAGAACCGCUUCAGGCAUCGCAGCAAGACGUUCCCUAAGAGAGAACACUGGAUGGACUGGGCCGAUGAGAAAUAUGACAAAUUGCUGGUGGCCCAGGUGAAGAUGGUGCUGAAGGUUCUGUUUCUCUACAUCCCCCUUCCCAUGUUCUGGACUCUGUUUGACCAACAGGGCUCCAGAUGGACCCUCCAGGCCACCAACAUGGAUGGAAACUUUGGAAUUCUCAUGGUGCAGCCAGAUCAGAUGCAGACUGUCAACCCCAUCCUGAUCCUGGCCCUGGUCCCCAUCAUGGACAGCCUGGUCUACCCUCUCAUAAAGAAAUGCCACCUGAACUUUACGCCUCUGAAGAGGAUGACAGUAGGGAUGCUGAUUGCUGCGUUGGCUUUUGUAGCCGCUGCCCUGCUGCAGUUACAGAUUGAUCAAACCCUUCCCAAGCUGCCUAAAGGUGUGGCAGGCCAGGUCAAGUUCCUGAAUCUCAACCAGGCCCCGUUGACUGUUACCAUCGAUGGGACAGCUGACGUGUCUGUACCUGCUCACCAGGUGAAUACUGGGGGCUACUUGACGUUUGACAAACCAGUCAGAGUCGUGUUCAACAAGAACACGGCAGUGGAUCUGCCCUUAAUGUCCCAGACCCGACGCACAGCCCUGGUUUCUCCAACCCUGGAUAUGAACUUGUCUUGUUAUCCAUCUAAAGUGUUCCUGACCUGUUGUUUUGCUGUUUCACACCGUAGAUUCGUGAAUGGUUUGGGCAGUCCGUUGAAUGUCACGUUGGGAGUCGGUGACAUCGCUCCUCUGUCUGUCUCCAACUACAGUCUGGUUCCACAGGGAAAGGCGGAGUUUACCAUCAUGAACAGAGGUGGUGCAUCGUGUCUGUACUCUAAAGAGCUGGGCUUUGGCAGCGCCUUCACCCUCGUCAUACCAUCCACAUUCAACAUCGGACCCCCUGAUUGUUGGCAGGCCAUCCAGGUGGUAGAAGACAUCAAGCCCAACACCAUCCACAUGGGCUGGCAAAUCCCUCAGUACUUCCUCAUGACAGCAGGAGAGGUGGUGUUCUCUGUGACUGGCCUGGAGUUCUCCUACUCGCAGGCGCCUAGCAACAUGAAGUCGGUGCUGCAGGCUGGUUGGCUGUUCACCGUCGCCGUGGGAAACAUCAUAGUGCUGAUUGUUGCCGAGGCAGCACAGCUCUCAGAUCAGUGGGCAGAAUAUAUCCUGUUUGCCUCUCUCCUUUUGGUGGUGUGUAUUGUGUUCGCCGUCAUGUCCUACUUCUACACCUACACUGACCCAGCGGAGAUCGAGGCCCAGUUCUGCCAGCCGGAACACGAGCCGGAGGAGAAGAAGAGAGAUCGGGUUGAGAUGGAGAGAAAGGACUCAGACUGCAGCAAGAGCAGCAAGGGUUCUGACAAGAAGAAGAGGGAUUCUGUUGUUGAGCAGCAUAACCAAGACGUCAAACAGAGCAAGAUGUAAAACUCCCCAUCCACACUACCUCCUCCUCCUGAACCAAUCAGAACAGGUCUCAGAGAGAGAACCAUUGGAACUUAAUCUUAUGAACAUUAAUCCUUACAGCUUUAUGGGUAAAUUUAGACUUUGAUAUAUUGUAAAUAAUUUUUUACAACGAUUUAUUUUGCACCAUGUAGCAAAAGCAACAUUAUGAAUGUAUUUUUGCUCAUCAUAAUUUAUUUGAAAGAGGACAUACUGUAUGAAUGACCAUUCCUAUUAAUUUCCCAGUACAGUGUUUUGUGUACUGGAUAUGUAGUUGUUUUGGGUUUGAUGUUGCCAGGGACUCUUGGUAUUAAUUCCACACCAAGUGAGUCCCUGGUAGUCAAGUGCUUCAAUAAAGAGGAUGAGUCUAA